UCGAUGGGAAGCUCCAGCGCAACGACGACAUUGCAUUGCUGCUGUCUUGAUCCCAUCACCAGCCAAACACUUAACCCAAUUCCACAACAACACUAUCUCGCUCUGUGAAGAGACCACAACCAUGGCGCAAGUACCAGUCCAGACGAUCCAUAGGGAUCCCCAGUUAUUCUACUGGAUCCUCUUCCCCAUCACCAUAGUCAUGAUCCUCACCGGCAUCCUCCGCCACUACGCCACAGUCCUCAUGUCCUCCGCCCCCAAACCCCUCGACCUCCGCUCCACCCGCGAGCAGCGUUCCCUCCUCCACGGCAUCUCCCUCCGCACCAACUUCCACGUCCUCUCUCCCCGCUCCUUCCACUCCCGCCGCGACGCCGUCAUCACCGCCUACGAAUCAGGCGCAUACCUCAAAGACCCAGAGAGAAAGGGUCAGCCCCCGGCAAACCCAAUGACAGACCCGAGCUCGAUGGACGGGAUGAUGGGCAUGAUGAAGAACCAGAUGGCUAUGAUCAUCCCCAACACGCUGAUCAUGAGCUGGAUCAACGCUUUUUUCAGCGGUUAUGUUAUUAUGAAAUUACCCUUCCCCCUGACCAUCAAGUUCAAGAGUAUGCUUCAGGCUGGUGUGGGAACCAAGGACAUGGACCCGAGGUGGAUGUCAAGUAUCAGUUGGUACUUUUUGUGCAUGUUUGGUUUGCAGUCUGUGUUCAACUUUUUGCUUGGCAAUGACAAUGCUGCCAGCCAAAUGGCUCAGCAGAUGGGCCAGAUGGGCCCUCAGGCGCCACAAAUGUUUGGCCCUGGUGUUGACCCCAAUAAGCAGUUCCUGGCCGAGGCGGAGAACCUGGCUGUGAUUGAACACCAUUCGGUUCUGGACGGUGUCGAACAGCGGCUUCUUAAGGGAAUCAGGGUAUAAGGGAUGCACAAAAUGUGACUUUUCGGCCUACGGUGACGACAGCAACAUACGAUAGCGCCUCUCGAUGAACCGGGUUUGGUGACAGCGUCGGCUACUGUCCUUCACUCCCACCACAAGGUGAUGCCAAGACCAGGGGCGGCCAUUGUCCCAAUUAUGGAAUAUGGGGCCUGGUAGGUGGUUUUUGUUGGCACAUCGGAAUCAGUGGACUCCUUUGGUUUUGUUGGUGGCUGGGUGUACCACCUCUCCUCGAGAACCAUGAAGCGCACGAUUUCGUGGGUGUCAUAGUACAGCUGUGUUUCCUCGUCAGACUUCCAAAGCCAGACCUUUUCGGCCUCGACACUAUGGCGGCGGUUAGUGACAAGGGCGACUCGAGCAGGUUCUGGGACUCAUGAGCGACCUACAACUCUGUCUCUUCUGGCAGUUCAGUGGAGGGAAUCCAAAUUUCGUUGAAGAAGGGCGUGCAGACUGGCGUGGAUAGUCGGUCAGCUGGGAGGAUGCAGCCACAAAGAGGAACAAGAGGUAUAACUCACGCCGCAUGCCUUGGGAAGUUUGCUCCUUGAUACGUGCCUGGAUAACUUCGCCCCUGUGUGGCCGGAAGACCACCAUGUGGAACUCAACUGUAUCGUAGAUGUUAGCUCGACGUUAUCAAGAGUCAUAAUGUUGGAAAGAGAAAGAAAUCCACACCAUUUAUGUUGACAAAA